GGGCGUGACUUGACCCGCGGAGUCAGGUGAGUGCGGAGCUGUGCCGGGCACCGUCGGGGCCGCGGCUCCUCGCCAUCGCUUCCAAACCCGCGGGCUAUCCCGCUGUGGCGGCACCGUCCCCGGACGGGCGUCCGGUCCCGUUCCGCCCUCGGUCUCCGCUCAGCAGCUCCCCGAGCACCGGCGGCGUCUCCCCCGACCCGGGGCAGUGUGUCCCUUUGUCUCCCGGCGAGGGGAGCGGCCGCCUGUGCUCCCACCCGGGGUGCGGGGCCAUCCCCGUCGCGGGGCAGCCGCACAGAGCCAUCUCCGCCGCCUUCGGGAGAGGCGUGAGCAGCCGCGGGUUCCUGCGACUGGGGGUGUCUGUCAGGAGCCGCCCGCACCCGAGCGCUCGGUGCCCCCGCCCGGGGGACGGACGAAGCCGGGCUUGGCUGCAACGCUUCGGCCUAGGUUAAGGAUGAUCCAGAGGCACCAGCUGGUACAGUCUGUGCUGCAGGAGCUACAGGAAGCCACCGAAUGUUUUGGUCUGGAGGGCCUCACCAGUGCUGCGCUGGAGGCAGAGAGGACCUUGUCAUCUUUUUCCCUACCUGGCUAUUGUGGGAGUCAGUUCCAAGAGGAGCUGGAGGUUGACCGGGUAGCUAGGAGCCUCUAUCCUGAGGAUGCCCCAAGUAACAUGCUGCCUCUCGUUUGCAAAGGUGAGGGAAACCGCCUCUUUGAGGCUGCCAGUGUGCUGCUCUGGGGCAACCCCAGCCUCAGCCUGGAGCUGCAGGUGCGUACCGUAGUGGAGAUGCUGCUGCACAAACAAUACUACUUGAAUGGCAUGAUUGAUUCCAAAGUGAUGCUGCAGGCUGCCCGCUACUCCCUCUGCACUGAGGAGACCCCAGAGAUGACCAGCCUCCCCAUGGCUAUCCUGGAAGCUAUCUUUGAUGCUGAUAUCAAAGCUACCUGUUUCCCUGGCACCUUUGCCAACAUGUGGCAUGUCUAUGCUCUUGCCUCAGUACUGCAGUGUAACAUCUACUCCAUCUAUCCCAUGAGCAACUUGAAGAUCCGGCCCUAUUUUAACCGGCUCAUCCGGCCCAGGAAGUGCGGCCCACGGACCUCCACGCUGCACAUCAUGUGGUCAGGGCAGCAGCUCUCCCAGCAGGUCUUCAAAGCGCAGUACUUCGUGGCCGUUGUUGGCCUGGAGGAGCUGGAACCCACAAUACCUUCACCAGAGCCUCCUGUCCAGCCCAUGAAGACCCUCGAGCUGCUGAACAGUGACCCCCAACUGACCUACUCCAACCUGCGUGACCGCUACAGCAUUACCAAGAGCACCUUCUACCGCUGGAAGCGCCAGUCUCGUGAACACCGGCAGAAAGCAGCUGCCAGGUUUGCAGCUAAACACUUCCUUCAGUCCUGCUUUCAGGAGGGCAAUAUAAUCCCCCUCCAGCACUUUCGACAAAUGUUUCCAGAGAUUUCCCGAUCGACAUACUAUGCCUGGAAGCAUGAGAUGCAGAGCAUGGUCAAUGGUGAUGCCUCUGCUCUGUCUGAGGCCCACAGGUUGCAGGAACUUCACAGGGUUGUCCCAAAAAAGGCUGAUGUGAAUGAGCCGGCAAAUUUGCAGGGGAGCUUAAAAUCCUCAAGUCCUUCCCUAGAUCCCAUUCAAGCAGGAAUCUUUAUGCAAGGAGCCAAAUCCUACCUGGAGAAAUGUAUUUCCAUGAACACUCUGGUGCCUUACAGAUGCUUCAAACGCAGCUUCCCUGGCAUCUCCAGGUCCACUUACUAUAACUGGCGAAGAAAAGCAAUCAAGGAGAACCCCAACUUCAAACACCCCCAAUCACCCUUGGAUAACCAGAAAACUCUAGCUGUAGGAAAGCCAUUCCUGCAGUUGAAGCCAAGCAGUGUGCCUGUUAGGAAGAGACGAAAUGAAGACCGGCCAACAUCCAGGAGUUUCCUGCAGCUCCAACCUUCUCUGUGCUGGAGAAAGCAGCUGCGAGAUGUGGCCAGGAGGCAGGUCCAGCAGUGGCAGCUGCCGUUCUGCAAGUAUCGCCUGCGCUAUCCAUCUCUCUCCUCCACAGCCUACUGGUUUUGGAAGGGCAGUGGCCAAGCCACUUGGCAGCAUCGCCUGCCCUGGAGCAGCUCCAGCCUGCCAUUGAACCGUGUGGCUUCCCUGGCACCUCCGAGAGCAGAACCAGGCCUCAAACCGCAGUGCCAUUUGGAGGUAGCCACCAAGCACAUAGAUAAGCCGGUGCCUGCUGUGCCGUGCAACACCACCAUUUCGGGCUAUGCCACGUCGGAGAGAGCCAACAGCCGGAUGUUUGUGAUGGAUGUGAUCGCCACUGCCCAGUUCAAGGCACAGGCCAAGCUAUUCCUGCAGCAACGCUUUGAGUCGAAGACCUUCCCAACCUACAAAGAGUUCAGUGCCCGCUUCCCACUCACGGCCCGUUCCACCUAUUACAUGUGGAAGCGUGCCCUGCACGAUGGGCUGACAUUGGUGGAUGCCUGAGUGCCAGCUGGCUUGGCCACAGCUCCUCUGCUGAUGUGCCCUUUGGCUCUCUGGUGAGGUGCCCAGGUUGGGGCCUCGCUAAUUUUUGUUCUGGUUUGGUUUUUGUUUUUGUUCCUAGUCUCUGGCUUUCUUUAUUUGUGUGGUUCAAUCAGGUAUGGAAGCAUCCUCACAGUGCCUAUUCCCAGAGGCUGGAGGAGUGGAAGGAGAAGGCAUUGAGUAUCCCAAGGGAGAGGGGCCGGGUCAUUUUCCUCUCUUUGUGCUCAGAGGAUGAGCAAGGGAGGUAGUACUGUGCCAGUGUCAUGGGAUGCUGCUGUGUCCUGUGACGUGGAGGAUGUGAAAGUCUCUCUGCCUCAGGCAGUUGCUUGAAUGAGUAAUGUGGAUGUGCAGGAUGAGCACGGAGGUGCCUAGCAUCUCAUCAGUGAGCAGAGUAGUACUGGCUCAGCUCUAGGUGAGGAGAGGUUUGGGGAAUGUUCAGCUUUAUGUAAGAAGCAUCUUUGGUCUGGGCUUUUCCCAGCCAAGGAGAAUAAAAGCUUCACUUGGGGUGAGUGAAGCUCUGGCUUUUAAUACCUGCCUCUGGCUGCCCUGAUCUUUUCUAGAUGGAGCAGAGGCUGGUAGCGGACUUGUUUGUGUCCUCACUGUGGUCAGUAUGCUGGGAAUGCUAAACUAGGAGUCAGUGUCUUUUGCAGGCUCUGGAGAAGCUGUCCCUGACCUUUCAGGUCUUGUAGCAAUAACCUUUCACACAAACCUUUCUUCUCUCAGCUGGCAGCUGCCUUAUGUUUCUAGGGUCUCUCUUCCCUGAUGUCUAGGAGAAUGCAGAGACUGCAACUUGUGUGCCCGGUGUCCCUGCAUCCCAUGUGCUGUGCUGCAAGCAACAUGGAUGCCUAUAUCUCACUUGUAAGAAACCAAAGCAAUAAAGACUGUUCCACUCCUAGUCCUGUGUGGUUUCUCACUCUCACUGCAUGAUUUAUAGGCAAGGGUUUCCUCUCCCUCUCUGGUUUCUAAAACUGUCUAAUGUUUUAGAAAGUGCAGGGAAAGCGUGUGCACAUCUCAAUCCCUGCUCCUGAGAAGGUCCUCCACUGGUUCCUGGUGGGGACUGUCUGUUGCUUGAUGUCUCCUCUCUGGAGACCUGGCUGGAGCUGUGCUCUCCCUGGUAAGAGCCUAAGGCUUGCUUUCCGGAACAGAUGCGAGGCUGGAGAUAACCCAGUGUGCACAGCCCUGUGUGACAGCAGGGAUGCAGGGACAAUGUCUGAGAUGUUGGUGGUCCUGCCCUGAAGUGGUAGUGAUGUACUGGUAGGCUGAAACCAGCUGUUUGCAUCUUUGCCGUGUGAGCAUCUUGAGGAGUAAGGCUGAGGAGGUCUCUGCCUGACUCCAGGAACCCUCAUCCCCUUAGGGUGUGAGUUCUCCUGUGGUGUCUGUCACAUGGCUGUGCAGGACUAAGCUGUAGGAUGUCUAGGGCUGGCUGGUACCACCGAGGGUUGUGGUGACAACUGCAGUACCUGGUCUUGCUUCCCAGAAAGCUGUCAGAAGUCAAAGCAACCGACAAAUAUGGGGGGAGAGCUUCCCAAGCUCUGUGUUUACAAGGUCAGCUCCUGAGGCUGGGUCAGCAGGACUGACUCUUGUCUUACUCUCAGGCCUUUGGCAGGGCAUUAUGAGCUUUGGUGACCAUGUUAAGAGGAGAUGCCAUAACACGUGGUGUUUCUGUCCCAAAUCCAUCCCCCUGUUCCGCCCCACCCCCUCCUCCCAAACUUGUUUGCAAAUAACUUGUUUUUUCCUUAAGGUGUCUGGAACCUGUCACUGGCUGCUGCAGCCCUGUCCUGUUCCUGACUUAGUCUGUCUUCACUCCCGGUGAGCCUCCUAGGCAGAGGGGGCCUGUGCUAGAAAAUUCUGCUGAGCUUGCUCCUGCAGCCGCCUGCAGGAGGAAGGGGUGCUCAGGGUUGUCCUGUGGUGGGGCAGUCAGGUAGAACCAGCAUCUGGGGCAUGUCUUAAGAAACCAUUUAACUCCUUGUCCUUGGUGAUGGUGGGAUCUCACCACCACCCACCCACUCCAGCAUGUCCUCUGUGGUCCCAGAGGAGGGGUUCUGGGGCACUUGCUGCUUUGGGAAGGGAGGCAUAAGGAGCAGGGAGCUCCCAAGCAGUGUUGUGUGCUGCUGCAGAGAGCCCUGGGCUCUGUCAGGAAGUAACUGAAGUAAUUAGCUGCCAGGGAGGAGGACUCAUCCAUGAACUCAUCUAAGGGAGUGAGCUGGUAAUUACUCCAGAAAGAUUACCUAUGUCUCCAAACUGCUGGAGGCUGGAGAUAGCUGCUUGCAGCAGCAGUGGUGGUGACAGCAGCAGCUGUGAAAAUGGAUGGAAAAUCCCCCAGUGUUCCCUGCCUUGCCUGAGCCAAGGGAAGCAGCAGAGAGGGUGGGUUUUCUGACAGUGGGUGCUAACAUGGGCUCUGUUUGGGUGGCCAUGAGGCUGGGGCAGACUGUGCCUGACAGCAGGGCUGAGGCAUCCAUCAGCAUGGCACAGCACAAAGGGUAAUGGUCAGCUGCUGCUGGGGGCAGGUGGACAUUGGGGGAGCCUCUGUGGUGUGGCCCAGGGCUCUGCAGGGUGAAGGAAUGGCUUCUACUUCACAUCGCCCAACCCUCCCUGAACUGGGAGUGCUGCAUGCAUCACACCUGGCCAGUUGCAGGAUGAAUCUCUUCCGGGUCCUGGGCUCCACAACCCUUUGCAAGACAAUUUUUAGAAGCCCUGGUGAAGAGAUCUAGGUGUAAUGCUUUUUCUACCCUUAGCUGAAUGCCUGGGUGGGGCAUGAUGGGGAAAAGAAUACAUAUCUCCCUCCCUGUGCCUUGAUGGCAGCUGGCCAUGUUGGAUCACUGCCAGUUGGCGCCACCUAAAUGGUGGGUGCUUCUUCAUUAUUGAUGUCAUUUGUGGCUGAGCAGAGCUUAAAUGGGGGGGAAUUGUAGCACUUGAUUUGUGAAUGUCGUGCUGCUCUCACACUGAGCUGGUGCUGGGAGAUGAAUUUGAGGCAGGCUCUGCUGCUCUGCAUCACACCACCAGGGAGUGAAUCUCUCCCUUUGCACCUGGGCAGUGGGGUUUAGUUCAGGCGUCACCUAAACUCCUUCAUAGACAGGUGCUUAUAAAAACUGACCCCAGAAAAGAUGAAAAUUAAAAGGUGACUGAAAAGCAGAGGCUGGGGGGCUGCAAAGCACUUGGGGACCAGCCUUUCGCUUACCUGUAAUUUAGGGCUCUCCUCUGCCCUGCCACUAAGGCAUCUCAUUUGCAUCUGCGGAGAAGUGUGGAAGGUGGGCAGUGAGGCAGAGCCUGCCCAAGUGCUGUGGGAAUAGUUGAUUAUGCCCAAGCAAAGCUCUGGGGCACUUAGCUGGUACAUGUUAGCUCAAGCAUGGCUUUGCCUCCAGAUUUUGCACAGGCAGCUUGUUUGUUGGUGCAAAGAGCAAUAGUAUUGGUGUUAAAAGCAUAUCAAGGUGGCAAAAGGGUUGCAUUUCACAGGAUAGCUCGUCUGCUUUGCUGGGAUCAUCAGGGUGGAGAAGCAGCAGCAGCAGGAAGAUAGAGAAGCCAGAGCCACUAUUCAAAACUGCUCACAAGCUGACAAGCAUAGCAGCAAUUCGUUUUCAAGAAUAUCUGUGUGGAGAGGGAAAAAAAGAUGAGAAGAGGGAAAAAAGGGAUCGUUUUUAUCAGUCUGCUGCAUAAUUUCCUCCACAGAUCCAGACUACAGGCAACUAGUGCUGCCAAGCCAAUUCAAUUGUUCAAACAGAAUCUUCUUCCUCCUGUGCCCCAGCAGUAUUUGUGGGGAACCAUCUGCCUCUGUCUCAGCAGGUUAUGCUAGCCACUGCCAGGUCCUGUUCCCUGUUCUUCUACCACCUGCUCUGCCUUCUUUCCAUUAAAAUUCGUCUCAUGUGCUGUGGCUGAAAAUGUCUUCUGGAGUCCAGCUGUGGCCCAUCACUGCCCUGCCAUUAUGCUUCAUGAAUAUUUUUUUGCUGAACUGAUUACCCAAACAUCAGAUCUGCCUUUUUCAUGUUGGAGCAAUGGCUCAGGCCUUUCCCUGGUUGCUGCCAGCUGAGGACUUCCCUGCCUGCUGCAGCAAUUCCUGCUGGCAACACCUCAUUGCAUUUCCCUGCAUUUCAUCCCAUCCCAUCUUCAAGGUAGCCCGGUUUCUCUACUCUUCUUCUGUAUUUCAAAACCCUCCUAAUUUGUCUCAUUAGCAAAUGACACUGAGGUACCCCUCUUUUCUUAUGCCAGCUUGUAGUGAAAAUAUGGAAGAACAAUCUUCAUGCAGAUCCUUAAGACUGUUGCCUUCCAGCCCAACUGACCUCCUAAAAUAUCAACAGCCCAUUAAUACCUGUCUUAGCUUUCUUGGACCAGCCCCCACCUGACAACUCCUGGUGUGGUUCCAUCCCAGCAGUUUGGCCAAGUUCCAGAUGCAGUGUUCCCAGCCUUUCCUCUUCUAGAAAACAAAUAAGCUGAUGUGUAAGGCUAUUUUAGCACAGUCAACAUCUGGAAAAUAAUGCU